GAAACGCUUUCAAAACCAAAACUGAAACGGUGUAAAAUCCCAAAUUUCACAUUUCACAUUUCACAUUCAAACUUUGCUUCACUGCAAAAAAUCUUCAUUCCUAAACAUAAAGUUCAACAAUGAGCAGGAAUUUGAGUCCUGUGUUGCGAAGAGAGCUCGAAAAUCUCGACAAAGACGCUGACAGUCGUAAGUCUGCAAUGAGAGCGUUGAAAUCUUACGUGAAGGAUAUGGACGUUAAGGCAAUUCCUACCUUUCUUGCUCAAGUUUCCGAGACCAAGGAAACCGGUACUGUAUCGGGAGAAUUCACAAUUUCGCUUUAUGAAGUUCUUGCUAGGGUUCAUGGAGUCAAAAUUGUUCCGUUGAUUGAUAGUAUCAUGCAAAGCAUAAUUCAGACUUUAGCUUCAAGUGCCGGUUCUUUCCCUCUUCAACAAGCUUGUUCCAAGGUUGUUCCAGCUGUAGCAAGAUAUGGAAUUGACCCUACAAUGCCGGAAGAUAAGAAGAAGAAAAUAAUUCAUUCUAUUUGUAAGCCUCUUUCUGAUUCGCUUACGAGUUCGCAGGAGUGUUUGAGUUGUGGAGCAGCUCUUUGUUUGACUUCUCUUGUGGAUUCGGAUAAUUGGCGGUUUGCUUCUGAUGAAAUGGUUAAUAGGGUUUGUCAAAAUGUUGCCGUUGCAUUAGAAGGAAAGUCUUCUCAGACUAAUUUGCAUAUGGGUUUGGUUAUGUCGUUAGCCAAGCAUAACUCUUUGAUUGUUGAAGCUUAUGCUCGGUUACUCAUACAAUCUGGGCUGCGAAUGAUAAAAGUUGGUGGAGAGCUUUUGGACGGGAAUUCUCAGAAGCGGUUUGCAGCUAUUCAAAUGGUCAACUAUUUGAUGAAAUGUUUAGAUCCGAGGAGUAUUUUCUCGGAGAUUGAACAAGUAAUUGAGGAGAUGGAGCAGUGCCAAUCCGACAAAAUGGCAUUCAUCAAAGGUGCUGCACUUGAAGCCUUGCAAACAGCCAAGAAAGUUGCGAGCGACAAAAAAGUGAGACGUGUGAAGAGUCCCGUUUCGGUUACAGGCUCAAAUUUUAGUAGGCCGGAUUAUAUGGAAGGAGAUAGUUCAUCAGGUGACGGAGACCAGACUCCCACUUCUAACUCACCAGAGUCACGUACACUCGACUAUUUUCCUGGAUAUGGAUCGCUUGCUGAGUCUCCCCUUUCGACAUAUCAGUCUUCUCAUAAUAUGAACUAUUCACGGAGGAGCGUCAAUCGGAAGCUUUGGAGUCGUGAAAAUGGUGGUGUUGACGUGUCUCUAAAGGACGGUUUGUUCUCAAGUGCAGAUGAGAGAAAUGGCUUUUUGGAGAACACUUUGGUUCACAAGUUUUCCAAUGGAGAUGGAGAAUUAAUUGAGGAAUUCGCUGGUUUCAUCCAGAGAAAUCCUAGUGGGCGUGUAAUAUCCAAAAGUACCAACACAAGUCCUCUUAGAUCACGCACUCACUUUGACAGCAUUCAAAUUUUUGACACUCCAAAGAGGCUCAUUCGCUCUCUUCAAGAUCCAAGUGAUGAUAGUUCAGUAUGUUCUGAAAAGCCGAUUAGAAGGUUCAGGAGCCUAUCAUCAGGCCAUAUUGAUUGGAGUCCAUCUGCUUAUUCUAAGUAUGACCAGAACGGUAUUUCAAAUCAUGUCAAGUAUCAUACCGGAGAGAACGCAAGCUCAUGCGGAGACGUGCAGUAUCAAGAUGGAUCAGAGUCAGUUUCGUCAACUGAUGACCUUCUCGGUGAUGCCAAUACACAGAGGCCUUCUAAAGAGGUUCCUGAAAGUAACAAAGUUCCACAAAUUGUUCGCACGGAAAAGCCACUUCAAAAGACCAAGCGCAGAUUUGUUUGUGGACUUUCUUUUGUGAUUCUUGCAAUGGCUACACCUUUAAUCUGGAUCAACAGUCAAGAAGAAGCACAUUUCCUUGUACCGACAUAAUGUGCUUGUUCAUUUUAGUGUACAAUCUGAGAAUCAAGAGAAUUAUGGAUAGGGUUUUACAAAAGUAGUUGGUUAAUUCCAACUAAAUGUUGGGAAGUUCAGUGUAGAAGUAGAGGGAUCAGUACAAUUUAUUACUAUCAAUGUGUUUUUUUAGUUUUCUUUAGUCUGUAAUAACUUUUCACUGAAUUCUACCUUGUGGUUUAGUUGAAACACAAAUGUUGUGUUUGGAAUUAGAUAAAUCAUUUUCAUUA